AUGCAUGCACGCACACAGGUCACGCACUUCAAGUGCGGUGGUGCAGCCUUGGGCGUCGGCACGCAGCAUCACGUCGUCGACGGUUCCUCUGCCAUUCACUUGAUGAACUCCUGGACCGACGUUGCCAGGGGCGUCGGCAUCGCAGUCCAGCCAGUCAUUGAUCGGACCCUCCUCCGCGCUCGCGACCCACCCAACCCCUCUUUUACUCACAUCGAAUACCAGCCCCCUCCUUCCAUGAACACCUCUGCUGCCCAAGUCGCAAGCCCCGCAGCUGUCCGAAUCUUCAAGCUCACCCGGGAGCAACUUAACCUCCUCAAAGCCAAGGCUCCCCCGGGUGACAGCUACAGCACGUACGUCCUCCUUGCGGCACACGUAUGGCGGUGCGUGUGCCUAGCGCGCGACCUCCCGCCCGACCAGAUGACCAAGAUGUACAUUGCCACUGACGGUCGGCAGAGAGUGCAGCCACCACUUCCGCAAGGCUACUUCGGGAACGCGAUCUUCACAACCACGCCCAUUGCAGCAGCAAGGGAGGUGACCUCUCCGGAAGGUGGUCCUUCCCCGGCGGCCAAGACGAUCAAGGAGGCUUUGGUGAGAAUGGACACCAACUACUUGCAGUCGGCAUUGGACUACCUGGAGAUGCAGCCAAAUCUGGAGGCUCUGGUGAGGGGCGCUCACACAUACAGAUGCCCAACCCUUGGGCUCACCAGCUGGACGCAUAUGCCAAUCUACGACAUAGACUUCAGGUGGGGCCGGCCAAUUUUCAUGGGUCCGGCCCGCAUCGGCUACGAGGGUCUGGCAUUCGUCCUGCCAAGCGCCGCCGGGGAUGGUGGCCUCUCGGUGGCCAUCUCCUUACAACCUGAUCACAUGUUGAAGUUCCAGAAGCUCAUCUAUGAUAUCUACUUUGAAGUUAGAUUAUCUAUGUUAUAAUUGGUUAUGA